UUAUCAGUACAUUACAGACAAUAAUGAACUUUAUCACAAUAUGCUAAUUUUUUUAGAAGGACCUGUACAAAACAAUCAUCGAACAUUGUCAUAUGUUCGCUCAUUACUCAUCACUUCCAACAACCAGCGCAAAUUAAGUUUCAGUAACUUAAUCUCUAUGGUUAUUCCCAAAGCUUGCACCUCAUUUGACUGCUACUCAUUCCAGUUUUCUGCAUCCAACAACUGGAAUGAGCUGCAAAAAUCAUUAAAGCUCACUGCCAACAUCACUAAUUUAUUGCAAUCAAUAGUUUCUGAUCAAUGUGCUUCUGAGUACUUAAAUACUGUUUUAAGUCUCUUUUGACUGCUUGUACAUAUAUAUGAGAACAGCUCUUUGUCUUUAUGUCAAUUUAUUUUAUUUUAUUUGUCUUGUUUGUUUUUAUCUUAUCUGUUUUCUUUGGUGUAAAGCUAAUUAUCUGUCUGUUGCUGCUGCCUCUUGGCCACAUCGUCAUUGUAAAUAAGAAUGAGUAUACAACUGACUCAUCUGGUUAAAUAAACAAACAAACAAACAAACAAACAACCCAUAAAUAAAUAAAUAAAUAAAAGGUAAUGCAAAAAGUGAGUUUUGCAUAAUGUGUCCCCUUUAACACCUGCCCCUCAAAGGCAACACUUGGAAAAACACACCUGAACCAUCUCCUCAAGUUAAUUGAGGGAUCACUUCAGAGCACCACCGAUGCAGAGCUUAUUCAUUAGGGGCAAGGCAACAUCCUCCAAGUUUAGCUUUAAUUAUUAUCCUUCUCUUGACAUAUCCGGUCUACUGCAGCUGUUAGACAUGAGGAAAGACUAAAACUAGUAAUGUGCCUUUUAAUAACAUGAUGAUGACAAUAUUGCACAAACGAUAUGGAAAAAAUUAUGCCCAGGUAAUUAUUUAUUUAAGAAGUGUCAACAGAUGUGUUUAAUCAUGACUUCUUUUUGCACAACAUGCGAGCAGCCUGAACCGUUUCCGCCCCUCUCUGGAUAGACCCCUCUGCCAAAGAGUUACUCACUUCACUUACGGUCCCCCCCCCCCACCACUUCCUAACUUCAGAUGCACACUCACUGUCCCGUUCACAAACGCGCACACGCGCGAAAACACACAGCGCCAGAUGCUUUUGCAAGCGCACUGCCAGCCGCGCUCCUUUUCAAACGCACUGGAUUUCCAGCUGAAGGAGUGUUGGGUAGAGUUUUAUUUUAUGAAGUUGUUAAAAGUUUUGGUCUUCAUUUCUUUUCUUUCCCCGCGCGUUCCUCGUUGUGGUGAUAGAUGGGUGGAUGAUGUGGUUCCAGUCCUGAACCGAGCGGAUGGAUUAAAAAUCCUCAUUUAACGGACACAAUGAGUAGUUUUGAAUAAUUUAUGCAUCGGGACAAGAACAUUGCAAGCGAUCAUCUCAGUUUAGCUUCUCUCCCAGCGGGUGAAGAUGUGUCGGACUGUGUUUGCUGCUGCAGUGUUGCUGCCUCUCCUGGUGCUCACACUUGAGGUGUCCAGAGGCCAAUUCUGUCCCAGGAGCUGUAACUGCUACCAGGCCAAUGAAGUACACUGCACCUUCCGGUCAUUAAUUACUAUCCCCCCUGGCCUGCCUGCACAUACAAGACGCAUAAACCUAGGGUUCAACAGCAUCAAGAGACUCCAAGAGAAGUCCUUGGCUGGGUUAAAGAGGGUGGAGCUUCUGAUGCUCCAUAGCAAUGAGCUCCCUCACCUUCCAGAUGCAGUUUUCAGAGAUAUGAAAUCGCUUCAGAUACUAAAGUUAAGCUAUAACAAGUUGAGAGAGAUCUCUUCAUCUGCGACCUUUACUGGCCUGACAUCACUGCUGCGCCUCUACUUGGAUCACAACCUCCUCCAGCACAUCCACCCCCGGGCUCUGCUCCAGCUGCCUAGCCUCAGGCUGCUUCGUCUGCAGGGGAACAGACUGCAUCAGUUGCACCCUCACGCUCUGUGCACCCUCUCCCUUCUCAAUACGUAUUACUUUUCAACACUAAGACACUUGGAUCUAUCAAACAACAGCCUAACCACUCUUACUCAAGAGAGUGUUGUAACAGCACCUCUGCUGGAGACUCUCAACCUGCAGGCUAAUCCCUGGAGUUGUGACUGCAGGAUGAACUGGUUUCUCUCUUGGAGUCUGGCACACCCAGGCCUAAUGAAAUGUCCCGGUGGCCCUCAGUGUCCAGUCUGUGCCUCACCAAUUUCUCUCCAAGGGCAAGGCUUGCUUGACCAGAUGGCUCUAAAGUGCACUCCACCCAUCAUCGACCUCCCACAAAAAGAAAACCUUUUGGACACCGACCUUAGUGAAACCCAAUCAACUGAGGCCUUCAGAGAGCCUCUAGGCAGUGUCUCUUUAGGUUUAUCUGACCAGCAAGGGAACAGCAUCGAUCUGACUUGUAACAUCACUCACUCUACUGACUCCCAGGAUAUUACUCCUCCUCCAGAUCUAUCAUGGACCUCCUCUUCUCCUCUUCACCUCGCUCUGUCACUCUCUCUGGAGUGUCCCAUUAAAGCAGAAAACUAUGAGAAACUUUGGCGGAUUCUGGCCUAUUACAGCGAGACGGCAGCUCGAUUUGAGAGGGAGAUCAUGCUCAGCAAAGCCCCGUCAUUGGCAUACCGGUACAGGCAGGUGCAAGAGACCGAUGGAUAUUAUCACACUGGAGUUAAAGCUUCUGUUAAAGCCAGACCACGGUGGUUACUGCAGUCAGCAAUUAGCCUUCAGCUGAACAGAGCCCAGUCUAGUGGACACAAAGUCCAGCUGAUAUACUCAACAAGAGUUUCUGCUCAGCCCGAUCCUACUUCUCAUCUCUCAACAUCCUCCUCCGCUUCUCACCAGUGGGUCAUGAUUUCGAUUAAUCGUACCACGGCAGCUCUAGCUGUAGUAGCUGGCAGAAAGAUAGAACUAACUUGCCCUCUUCUCAGCUCUGGUAAGCCCAGUGUUUAUUGGAUUCUCCCUGAUGGAUCCAAACUGAAUUCCCCUUCUAGCAAUUUAAAUGGAAGGCUUCAGGCAUCAGCUUUGGAUUUACUUAUACAAAAAGCACUGCUCUCUGAUGCUGGGAUUUAUUACUGUGUUGCCAGAGCUGGAAAGGAUGUAGAUGUUCUUCCCCUAAGACUAGCAGUGGAAGACUCUUCUGCUCUGCAUUCAGCAGAGAUAAGUGGACCUCCUGUCACUGGAGAGGUUGGAGAACUAGUCACUUUGUCGUGUAAGAUGUCCGGUUCACCACAACCUUCUGUGAAUUGGAUUUUGCCAGAUGGAAAUGUAGUACGGCAGGGAUUAGCUGUAUCAGGUGAACUUGCAGUAGAUUUAAAUGGUACUCUCUCUUUGCGUAAGUCAUCUCUUAGGGACGCAGGAUAUUAUCGCUGCAUUGCCGUCAACCAGUAUGGUAGUGAUUCUCAGUCCUUUCCACUAAUAAUAAAUCCUCCACACAUAUCGUCACGUGAUACUUCAUUUCCUAGAGGACCACAGUCAGCUUCUGGCAGGUCGACCAAGAUACAAGCUCCAUUGUUCCAUCAGAUCAAUGAAGGUUCAGGGGACGAAGAGGGACAAAAACAGGAAAAAGUUUCCAUUAACAAGAUCAGGCUUUCAAUACCACGCCCAAACAGGCGAGAUCCGGUUGGAAAGCCACAAAGACGUGGUCAUGUGAAAGAGGGCCCUUCAAGGAGAGGUGGACGUCCCGUUUCACCUACUGAGCAGAGAAGAAACCAAUUUCAGAACAGACAUAGGAUCGCAACCAACAAACUUCGAAUGGACCCCAAGUCAUGGGCAGAGAUCUUGGAAAAGAUUCGUCAAAAGGCUGCUAAUGCCACUCACAUCCAUUCCAUUUCCAGAGUAAACACAACAGCUGAAUCUAUCCAAGAAGAAAAUGACAAAGGCACAAAAGGGCAUGGAGAAGGUGAUGAAAUGAGCAGAGGCAGAGCUGAAGGAACAGGAAUAGAAGCAGAAACUGAAGGGUCUUCGGUUGAUGAAGCUAUUCUGAGAGAGGAUCAGUCACAGCCUAUUCAACCUGUUCAUGGAGAUAUACAGACAAUAGCAUGGGCCAGAAUCAAUGCAGAGACAGAAAAUGGUGCAGAGACAACAGAAACAUUUAUAAAUUCUACAAGUGAGACGAAGACAAUCGUACAGAAAGAAAAUGAAAGUAUACAAACAACAACGGCAAACCCAGUGAACCAGAAAGAAUUAGUCACAUCUAAUUCGUUUUCAGGAACAAAUCUAAUUGUCUCUGAACUUAAUAAGGUGCUUGAACAAGGACUAAACUUGAACCCGGCAAUAACCAGGCCCCAAAAUCCAAAACGGGGAGUUUUGCCUAAUUUACUUCCAAGCUCUCGGCCUCACAGCCCCUGGAAUGCACGAAGGAAGAUUGGACAACGGAAGCGAAUCAAGAGGCCCAGGAUCCAGCCUGUGACCUCACCUCAGCCUCUCCCUGAGCCUGUGACACCUAUCUCAACAACAGAUAUGAUCAGCACAUCACUGCCUGAGCCAGCAGCCUCACAUCCAGCUGGUCUGUUGACAACCUGUGACCAUAUUAAGAAUGCUGCAAAUAAUGUGGCUCUGAAUGCUCUGCCCACACCUUUUUCAAGCAGUCAUCAUAUUUCCACUUCCAACUUCAUAUUACCUUCACUCCCUCCCUCCCCUGCCCACACAGACAUUAUGAGUCAUUCAGGCAAGAUACCUCAUUCUCAAGACUCUGCUUUCAACAGCACGUCAGCUCCCACUCAUCCUGAUAUUGUGAUUUCAGAACCACUUGUGCCAGGCACACAUAGUAAGGCAUUUACACACGGUGCACACACUCACACAGAAAGACAAACAACCUUGAACAACCAUGUUGAAAUACUCCCAAGUGGCGAAGCACUAGAAAUGAAUGAAUUGGAUGAGUCCCACUUUUCACGCACUCACUCUUUCAUUGCCUCCGUAAUCCCUAGUGUACCUUCAGCUACCUCUACUGUCCAAACAAUCAUAACAAUGCCUUCCACUGGUCCUGAGAGGGCUGGUUAUGCUGGCAGCACUGGAAGUACAUCUACAACUUCUGAAGACACAAACAGUACUACAAAAACUUCAGCCAUACAUCCAGCAAUCUCUCCUUCAACAACCAUUGUUAUUCCAGUGUCCAGCACCACCCAACAGACUUCUACUACUUCCACCUUCACUUCGACAACUACUACUACAUCUAAUUUCCCCCCAAAUACCACCUCAGCCAGGACCUCUACUACUACAGUUAUUCCAGUUAUUGAUAUCUUUAGUAAUACUAAAGAUCUCCACACCAGUACAAGUAGAGACCCAAUCUCUGCUGUAUCCAGAAGUGAAGAAACUCCAAAUUCAACUACCACAAAGAUGGUUUCAACCAAAACAUCUCCUGCUACUACAAAGCAACCUAAAGCUGGCAAUGUCUGGAAUACUACCAGUGAAACAGGAAUAGCCAUUACCAAAAUGCCAUCAAAAUGGAUGCCAGUUACUGGCCAAGUUGACCCUAGAGAGAGGGUUUUGCCUGGUACUCCCAACAAGAACCUAACUUCCAAUGACUGGAAGAGAAAUGGAUUUAAUUUUAUUCCAGAUUCACACAGCAGAAGGUUUCAACAGCCUCCAUCAUCAUCACUACCUGCUCCACGGGCCCCAACUGUGAGAUCUAGACCAAGGAUAGUAGUCCCACACAGCAGAACAGUGUCGUUUCCUGCAAACGGCUCAGCCAUGCUAACUUGUGAUGCUCAUGGUGAUCCCAAACCCUCCAUCACAUGGACUACGGUUGCAACAGGAGCGGUGAUGUCAAUCCACUCCAGGGCUCAGCGUUUCGAGGUCUUGCCAAACGGCACCCUUGUUAUCCAGAACGUUCAGCUGCAGGACAGGGGCACGUACGUCUGCAGUGCAACCAGCUACCUGGGUAGUGACAGAUUGCUCACUACUCUGGACGUUUGGACCCGCCCUCCUCGUAUGCGUCUCGCCAGCUACAGAGAAGUUACUGUUCAUCAGGGUGGAGAUAUUCACUUGGAAUGCCAAGCAGAAGGCGUUCCAACCCCUCUGCUCUCCUGGGUUUUACCCGAUCGUUCAUCUUUAACAUCUUCUAGCAAUUUCUCCAGUCGAGUCACCGUGGACACAAAUGGAACUCUUCAAAUCCCAGUGACUUUACCCAGUGAUCGAGGACUAUAUCGCUGUGUGGCGUCCAACUCAGCUGGUGCUGCCAGUUCCACCGUGCGUGUACACGUGUCCUCACUGCCUCCAGUGGUACAACAACCCAGAGAGGAGCACCUGCUCUUUUCUCCAGGGAGGCCUGCUUAUGCACACUGCUCGGCCCGAGGAGCCCCGCCACCAAGUCUGCGUUGGCGAAUUCCAGAUGGGACCCAGGUUCGCCCAUCUCAGUUUCUCCACGGCAAUCUCUUUGUCUUGCCCAAUGGAACGCUGCACAUUCUAAAGGUUGGACCACAGGAUGCAGGCAGUUAUGAGUGCACAGCCAGUAAUACUGUGGGGACCUCCAAGAGGACAGUGAAGGUAGAAAUUAAAGAGAGAGCAGAGUUAGAAAAAGACAAAGAAGCUGGAAUUGAGGACGUAAAAUACAAAAAGACACCAAAUUCAUCCUUUUUCAACACAAACAGAACACGGGUCAUCCCUAGCCAACCCACAGAUCCACCCACUAAAAUCCCCCUCGUAUAUCCUUCUGACCGAUCUAGGAACUUGUCGAUCAGCCCAAGCUCUUCUAACCCUUCCUCUAACUUUUCUCCUGAAAUCAGUAAAACAGUAAAAACGUCACACUUUGCCGAUAUCAAAAAAACACACCCUCCCACUGUUUUCUCACAGCCCGCUGUGCCAGCAUAUAACACCAAAGUCUCCCCCAGAAUAAACAACACAAGAGUUACUUCUCCUCCCGCAGACAGAAAAGCCUCAUCUGUUUUACAGCCUCUUCCUGUUUCCCCUUUCACUAAAGCUCGUAUUGUCUCCACAUCACCCUCCCCCUCUACAGUCAACUAUGGGGAGAUUUUGAAGCUUUACUGCUCUGUAACUGGAAACCCCACCCCCAUUGUCAUUUGGAGGACCCCUAAUAGGAAGCUUGUAGACAUGCACUACAGUUUUGAUCAACGUCUGAAGGUGUAUCAAAACGGAACGCUGUUAAUCCAGGCAGUAACAGAGAAGGACGGUGGAGAAUACCUGUGCAUCACACGUAACAAGGUUGCAGAUGAUUUCCGACUUCUGCGUGUAGAUGUGGCCACCAGGCCUGCCAAAAUCGAGCCAAAACAACCGCCAAAUCAUACGGUUUCAUUGGGGAAACCACUGAAGAUGGAUUGCCAGGCAUCUGGACUGCCUCACCCAGCUGUGCGUUGGAGCCUACCAGAUGGAACCAUGGUGAACGGUGUGUUGCAAGAGGAAGAAAAUAGGGAGCGACCAAGGCAACUAACUCUAUUUGACAAUGGAACAUUACUGGUUCCAGCAGUGGGAAUGGGAGAAGAAGGAGAAUAUAUGUGUUAUGCUGAGAACCAAGCAGGCCUAGACACAAUGAAGGUCAAAGUGAAAGUCCUAAGGACAUCUCCACCAACCUUCAUUGAUGAAACAAGUCUCAAUGUUAUUAAAUUACGCCAAGGAGCAUCUGCCAUGAUUCCCUGCCAGUCCAGAGGAGACCCUGCCCCAACGGUGAUGUGGUUUUCCCCUGCACGCCGUGUCAUACCGCAGAGACUAGGGUCUGGUUAUUAUAGUGAGCGCAUUGUGGUGGUUUCAGAUGGAACCCUGAAGGUUCGUUUGGUUCAAAACACUGAUGCAGGAAAUUACACAUGCCAAGCUAGCAACUCUGCUGGAACGAGGAACAAAGUGGUCACCUUGGAAGUUGAAACCUCAGCUCACGGACUUAAUGAAAAGGCGGGAGGAGGACGGAGUUGGAAUACAAACAGCGAGCAUGUUGGGAGUCAUGACUCUCAAUCAGGGGACAACACUGUUAAUAGAGGAGUCCUCAGGCAUGGAGUCACGAGCGAGUUGGGUAGCAGAGACAGCUAUAGUGAUACCAAUGGUAGAAUGGGAAAUGUGGUGCCGAACACUGGUGUGAACUUUGCAGUUGGUAGCUCUAAUCCAGCACUGACACGUUAUAGGCAAAAUGGAUUUAAGAGUCCCCAGGGUGGGUUUACAACACAGCUAGGUAAUACUGGCAUCGCAGCUGGAGUAGGCGGGGCUCAGAGUGCAAACAACAAAGCAGAGAGCAUUGAAAUAGGCAGAAAUGAGCCAACCAGUGUUAGAAGGAGUAAUAGUUUGGGUCACAAUCGCAAUACUGAUACAAGGAAUAGUGAACAAAAUCCUGGGACAAACAACAAUGAAGUUGCUACAGUACGAACAAGCAAUCAAGCUAACAACAGCAGGCACAUUAGCACACUGGGUGGCGUUUCAGGAAAUGUUCAAAGUCUUAGAAGUGGUUUGUCAAAAAGUGGAGCUGGUCUAAACACAAUUAGAGGGCUCAGUUACAGUAGGAGUGGUAAUUUAGGAGGGACCAGUGAUAGUAAAGGAAAUCGUGGUGGUAUAAGUGGUGGUUCUGCUGCCGCUCUGGGUGUGGUAACAACAAUUAAACAGCAAGCACUUAAAGACCAGACUGUUCUUCUGCCGUGCCCAUCCCAAGGUUCUCCAUCACCUCGUCUAUCCUGGCUUCUGCCUGGAAAUGGCAUGCUGCCAGCUCCCUACUAUGGCAGUCGGCUCACUGUGCACCGAAAUGGUUCCCUGGAGCUUCGGGGCGUACGGAUGAGUGACAGCGGUACUUUGGUUUGUGUUGUGAAAAGCGAAAGAGGAGAUAUGCUGAUUCGGGUGGAGCUGCAGGUGUCAGAGCGGCAGGCUGAUGCAAGAUUUCCACAAAGGGAAGUAACGGAGAAAAGAUCUCAACAAGAAGAUGUAAAAAAUCCACCUCAGUCUUUAAUUCCAAGAUCAGUGGCACAGCUGCUGCACCAGCAGAGGAUCCAGAGCUCACCUGGAGUGGCUCGUCCAGUGACCUCUUCACCAUCAGCGUCUGAGUCCAAAGUAAGCAACAGUAUGGCCUCUCUGGUGAGCACCAUAAAUGGAGAGACCUUCAGACUGCCUUGUCCUGCUUCUACAACUGAGGGCUCUCUUUUUUGGACUUUGCCCAGUGGCAGGAUUCUCUCUAGGGGUGAGAGUGGUGACUCAGGCCGUUACACAGUGCAUGAAGAUGGAACACUAGUAAUUAAACAGGCCUCUGUGUUUGACCGAGGCACCUACUCUUGCAAGUUCUCCAGUCACGACUCUGCUUCAGUUUCUGUCCUCACAGUCCCUGUCAUUGUCAUUGCUUACCCUCCGCGCAUCACAGCAGGCCCCUCCCCUGUGACCUAUACUAGCCAGGGUGUUGCUGUGGAGCUGCCCUGCCUAACUAUAGCAACACCGCGGGCAACAGUAACCUGGGAAGCACCUGACCUGACACAGCUGAGGGUGAUGGGUCAGCCUCGGAUUUACGGCAACCGCUACCUCAGUCCUCAGGGCUCUUUGGUGAUACAAAACCCAACACACAGAGACACGGGAUUUUACAGAUGCACUGCCAAAAAUGUAAUUGGAGUGGACAGCAAGGCAACCUACCUGCAUGUUAUAUAAAACGACAGACAAAUAUAAACAUGAUUUCUUUCAUGCCCAAAGGAACUGCAAAGCUCUGUUUUUGAGAGACUGGUGAAUCAUGAGCACUCCUUGAAAAUGUCCUUUGUGUGUAUUUUUAAUGUAUGAUUUUGUCAGUAUUGUCAGAUUUGAGGCUGCAAGGUGAUAAUUUGUUUGCAGGUACAAAAAUAUUGUGGUACCUAAACUUCCUUUGAAAGUGGUGUUCAUUUUAUUAUUGUAGCUCUAAUCUGAACUCAUAACUUUUUUAAAUGAGAAUGUGUAUUUUUUACCAUUAAUCUCUGGAAAUAUCCAUCAACAUGAUGAAAAUGAAUUAAAUGAUGCCCAGUUGUUGAAAAAUAUUGGCGACUUUGUAACAUAUAACCAUAAAAAUGGGUCUAAAAUACAUGGGGGCUGGUCUAAGUCUCUGGGCCAUCCUGUUUUAGAUGCCAUGUUUCCUUCUACGGGAGCCUAUGAGGACAAAAUGCAUUUACUGAUUUGUAACAAACGGUUCCAAAACUUUAGCCAUUCAUACAUGUUGUUUUUUUUUUUACACUUUUACCUCUUCGCUUGUUGCCAGUGAUGAAGGGGAGUCUGAUGUGCUCAUCUUUUUGCUGGAGGUUGGGCUCCCAGGAAUAUUUGACCCUAAUGGCCAUCCAUUGGUAAGGUCUUACUCGUACACAAAAAAUACCACUAGCUUGCAAUGAUUUAGGUAUGUACUGCCCCCUUUCGCCAGGGAAAAUACACACCAGGGAAUACCAGUGAACUGAAACUCCUUCCUGUGCUUUGUAAACAAAUUAAGCUUUGGUUUACUACCUUAGGCACAUGUUGGAUCUGGUCAGCUAGACCAAAAAAUAUCUUGACAUUGAGUAUUUAUGCAUUUAAAUGCAAAAUCUUUUACGAUUUGAGCUCUCAUGUGAAGCAUUAAAUGUUGACUCCUCUUUGCACAUUUUCAUUUAUGGUGAGUACAAGUCUGUAGACAGCUUUUAUCUGUUUUUCCUUUUUCUUACGCCACACAUUAUACAUUAAUGUAUCUUAUUGAGUCGCUGAAUACUACAGAGACCAUACAGCAUCAAACAACGUCAGCAUUGCUCCCAUCUUUAUGCAGAUGCAUAAAGACAAACCAAAUGUAUGGUAAUAAAUUCCUGCCUGGCUUGAUGUGAGUAAAAAUAUUUGCUUUUGUCAGAUGCAGAACAAAAAAAAUAAUAAUUUGUGAUUUUGUCUCAA